CAUAAGGAGAAUGAUCAUCAUCAGGAAAUUGUUGAAAAGGAAAACACCAGAGAGGUUGAGAACUUGGAGCCACCUUCAAAGAAAAGCCGCGUUGAUUCUUCAGAUCCUAGUAGAUCCUUAAUGGAACAGGUAGCUCUCAUUUCUACCAUGGUUGUUCCUCAAGUAACAGCGGCAGCUGCUAAUGCUGCCAUCUUAGUUCUAUGUGAUGGGAACCCUUUGUUGAGGGAGAUUUUCUAUUCAGAUGAACAUAUUUUCAUAGAUGAGCAGAAAUCUGGUAAUCUUAAUACAGAAAUGGAAAGGGCUUUUCAAUCUGAGAAUACAGAGACGAAGGACGCAUCUCAUUCAUCAGAGAUUGACAAAAUAUCACCAGCAGGGAAUUCCAUUCCCCUAGCCCUACGGAUGAGAGCAGCAGUUGCCACAGCACUUGGAGCAGCUGCUGCGCAUGCCAAAUUAUUGGCUGAUCAGGAAGAAAGGGAGAUCGAACACUUGAUGACCUUCAUUAUUGAGGCCCAGGUGAAGAAAUUGCAACGUAAAUUGAAGUACUUUGAGGAUCUAGAGCAGAUUAUGGAGAAGGAACAUGCACUAUUAGAGGAGUCAAAAGAUGAUAUAAUUGCACAGAGGGUAGCCACUUUGCGAGUACUUUUUAGUACAGGAAUAUCUCGGCCAAGGGAUCAUAAUUGGUUGAUACAGCCCUCCAGUAGUGUAUGACACCUGGUUGCACUUUUUUUUUAAAGGAAUGCAGAGCUCCUGUGAAUGCGCAUUCUCUGUGGCACUAUAGGAUGUAGGAUUUUGUGUUCCUUCGUGUUGUAUCUAUAAUAUUCUGAACCCCAUUCGGGGACUAGCCAGGAAAAACAGCAAAGGAGGCCUUGUGAGAAGACAAAAAAGAGACGCGGAGCAGUCAUUGAAAAUUUAGCUUCAAAUGUACACUGCGUGUAAAGUUUAGAAUUAUACAUGUUUUUGGAUGAUGGUUGUAUUUCAUAAUUCAUAUGAUUACCAAGGCAAUUAUCAGACUA